AUGGAAGGUACACACAAAUGCGCCUCCCCUCUGAAUGGCAGGCAGGGAGAGAGGGCGGGAAGAUGGGAAGCCACGCCCCCAUGGCUUCACCCUAGAAUGGAGCUCUGGGUUGCGUAACAUGGGGAGAGGGAGUCAUAGGUCACAGUUAGAGUUAGGGUGCUUGGGUUAAGAGUCAAGGGUUAGAAGGUUAGCAGUGUCAGGUCAGAGCUCACAGGGCAGUGGGGACUUUACAAGUCCUGGGUUCAAGUUAACUUCAGUUCUGUAUCCAUAUAUAUAUUUUUCCGCUCUUCCCAAGAACCUCAGCAGGUGAAGGAUGUGGGUGCCCCUCCAGGCCUGAACCUCCCCCGAGAUCCAGACCCCCAAAAGACCAUCCAGAUACUGCAAGCCCAGCUGUCGGCUGCGUUGGCCGAAGUGGAGACCGUCCGAGCUGUGGCUGCCGUGAGCGAAGGCACGAAACAUGAGGCCGUGGACGCUGUCCGGCGCCGGUGCCAGGAGGAAGUGGCUUCCCUGCAGGCCAUCUUGAAAGGUGAAGGGCCUCAUGGCCUGGGCGCAGCAGCAAAGGAACAGCAGGGACCUUCAUUUGUUCAUAUUUAUUUUUUCUAACCUGCCCUCAAUCUCAGCAGAUUUCAGGACAGGGUAGAAUGAUGAGAAAUAUUAUGUGUAUAUAAUAAAAAGGCAGCAGGUUUUCAAACCUCCCUCCCAGGAACCAAACAUAAGAAAUGUCCUACUGGAUCAAGUCAGCGGUCCAUGUAUCCCUGCAUCCAGUUCUCAUGGUGGCUGACCAGUUGCCUGUGGGAAAACCAGAAGCAGGACACUGGUACUGCAGCCAUUCUCCUCACUUAGGCUUUCCAGCAACUGGCAUUCAAAGGCCUUGGGCAGUGGAGGCGAGUGGCCAUGAAUUGCCACGAAUUUGCUGAAUCCUCACUGCCUUUUGUGGAAAUCAAUUCCAUAGGGCCAGUGUUAGCCCUACUCAGAGUAGACCUAUGGAAACUAAUGAAUCUAAGUUAGUUGGGCCCAUUAACUUUGAUGGGUCUGCUUUGAGUAUGAGCAUCGGGUGCAGCCCAUAGGUUAACUCUGCACCAUGUGGAGAUGUACUUUCUAUUAUUAUUUGUUUUUAUUAUUUAUUAGUUUUAUAUAUACCUCCCUUCAUUCUCAAAUCUCAGGGCGGUUCAACAGAAUAAAAUAGAGGAUUAAAAACAAGUAGAUAAGUAAAACAAAACACUUCUAGUAUACUAUACGAGAGGGAGGCAGCGUCUGGGAUUCUUGGCUUGCCUGCUGAGAUGUCUGCUCGCUUUCUACAGACACCAUCUCCAGCUACGAGGCUCGUCUCUCGGCUUUGGAGCGCGACGGCCGGGAGAAUACCUGGAGCCGCUUGCUGCCAAGGCCCAACCCCCUGGACUCGCUGGAGAAGCAGAUGGAAAAGGUGCGUGGUGGCCAGACAGGGCUUAACCUGAGGGUAGAGGAAGAAGGCUCCAAAUGUUUCCUUUCUUUCUCCCUGCACAGGCGCAAGAGGACACUCUGCGGCUCCGGGCGAUCGUUCUCCCCAUGGAGCAGGAAAUUGCCGAACUGAAAGCGAAGCUGGCGCAUGCUGAGGGCCUGGUUCAAGAGCUGCAGGGUGAGCAGGUGAGUUGGAUGAGGGGAGUGGCAAGGGGGCCACAGAGGAACAGGAAGGAGCCAGAACGGGAGGGGGCUUCAAAGCAGCUCAGAAUAGGGUGAGGAUGCUGUUUGGGUAACAGCUGAGUAAAGAGGGGAAAGGGCAGUGCUCGCCUGAGGGUGAUUCCUUGCUCCAGAAUAAGUUGAACGUGGCACUGGCAGUCUACAUCACUAGCAAUCUGCAUCUGCAGGUGUUUCCCUCAGCCAGUGCAAAUUAGCACACAAGCUGAGCGAUGGCAGGACAAACUCGCUCUUCCUGGCUGGCUACAAGUCUGGGAAAGUCAAGGUGUGAGUCAUGAAUGGAAACUAGAAAUGCCAACUAGAAAUCCUCUGUUUCAAUUAAGGCAACAGUGGUUCCCUCCUUAAGCUUCCCGGUUUCCUGGCUGUUAGAAUUUGAUCUUUUCAGAACUCACACUGGGCAGCCUGUCUCUGGGAAGGUCUUCUUGCUCAUUCCUUUUCCUUUUCCUUCAGCGUUCUUUAUGUAGCUCCUCUGAAUCCCUCCUUGCUGACUCUGAGGCUGUGCCCUCCGAUGCCCCUGGAGACGACCCUGGCACUUUGGCAGAAGGAGGAGGAGUGGCGGAGAAAUUUGCCCGCAGCCUGGACAGCGUUUCCAUCGCCUCUUUCUCGUCAUUGGCACCGAGUCCGGGGCCUGCCGUCCGGCGCAGGCGUCCCCCUAGCCCAGAGACGGCCUCCAUCGCUUCCUCCACGGGGACCCUGGUGCCCGAGACCAUCUACUUACCGCCGGCCGGGUACCAGCUGGUGCCGGACUCGGAGUGGACGCAGCUCCACACACAGGUGCGUAGGCAGGGCAGAGAGGUGGUCAGCCCCAGAGGGGUCAGCAGGGCUGUUGAGGACUUGCAGCAAGGCCCUCUCAGUCGCAGUGCCACACCUGUUGAAUUCCCCCCUGAGGGAAUCCCCCUCCUGGCUCUGUUCCUGCUGUCUUUCUGCCAAGUACAGUGGUACCUUGGGUUACAUGCGCUUCAGGUUACAUACGCUUCAGGUUACAGACUCCGCUAACCCAGAAAUAGUGCUUCAGGUUAAGAACUUUGCUUCAGGAUGAGAACAGAAAUAGUGCUCCGGCGGCACGGAAGCAGCAGGAGGCCCCAUUAGCUAAAGUGGUGCUUCAGGUUAAGAACAGUUUCAGGUUAAGAACGGACCUCCGGAAUGAAUUAAGUACUUAACCCGAGGUACCACUGUAGUAAGAGCAAGGCCCACUGCGUCAGGCCUUUGUCUGGAUUCCAUCUUCGCUAAUGGCUUUGAGGACUUUGCUCUGCUUUCCUUGUUUCAGUUUUGUUUUAAGGUGGAUUUUUAGCUGCCUUGGUGGGCCUUCCGAAGUCAGAAAGGAAGUUAAUUUUUUGUCAUCGGGCUUCUGAAUCCCAUGGCAAGCCUCUACUAAAUAGAGGGCUCCUCUGUUGUGUUGUGAUCCUAGAGGGAGAUGUGGCGAUGGUGGAGAAGGGAGGAGGAGGUGUGCCGGAGUUCUCCCUGCCCUCAUUUUGUCCCCGACUUCUUCCAUUCAGGUGCGGCAACAGUGCGAAGCUCUGGAAGAGGGGGCACGGGAAAAGGCCGGACUGCAGGAGGCGCUGAGGCGCAGCAAUGAGGAAUGCAGUAAGCAGGUGUGUGGGGAGGGGGGGAGCCCUGCCCUCGGGGCCUGAAGCCAAACCCACCUCUGUUAGCCCCCCCUUCUUUCUGCUGCUACUUUGGUGUUAGAUUUCAGUCAUGCUCUUCCUCUAAGGCUCCCAAUUAGCUAAGUGCUGGGGACCCCCUGUUUUUCAAAAGCCGAGCCAUGGACCUACUUUUGAAAAUGGCGAUAUCUCUGUGGUAGUUUUUGUUAUGUGAAUGGUGCUGCCAUAGGCACCAACUCUAAGGCGUCUAGACCCUUUGGACACACACACCCCAAUUGGACCAUAUGGAAUCACCUCAGCCUCCUUCUCUGCACAGGUAAGGGCACAGGUAAGGUGCCUGAUCGCCCACCCACCUUUGCUGGGGUACCUUCCUUCCUCUCCCCUUCUCCCCUCCAGUGUCCUGUGAGCCCUCCACCUCAGAGGGGACUUGGCCACUGCUUGCUGGAGUCAGGGUGGAGAGAGGAGGAGGCAGUGGGUGGGGUGGGCCUGCCAUUGUCCCCCAGGGAGCCCCCAGCUCAUCUGGCCAUGUAGCACCACCUCCCAUACCCAGAGCCUGGCUGCCUGGGCCUCAGAAGCACCAGGUGAAGGAGGAAGGUGGUGGGCAUCCAUCAGGCCAGGGGGUCUCACCCUGGACUGCACUCACUUGGUUCUGGCCUCCCUCCCUUUGUCCUUCCGGCAAGGGCCAAGCCUGUGCCCCCCACCAAUUCCCCCCCCCCAAACUGGUGCCACCAGAUGCCAUGGACCCACUGGGGUCCGCCAGCCACCAAUUGUGAACCCUUAGCUUCCACCAGGAGCUCUGGGCGAUGUGCAAGAUUAUCUCCUUUCCCCCCUUCCACCCCAUUUAAUCCUCCCUACAACCCUGUGAGGUAGGCUAGAUGAAGAGAUAGGGACUGACCCGUGAUUCAUGGCUGAGUGGGGAGUUGAACUUGGGUCUCCCUAGUCCUAGCCUAACACCUUAAUCACAACACUGCGUCAGCUCUAGAAGAAAACCGCAACUUCCCCUUCCACGAAUUGAUUCCCCCUUCCUCUCUCUCUUUCUGAUCAGGUCCAGGUUCUCCUGACUCAGGUGCAGACUUCAGAGCGCCUCCUCCAAGGCCUCCAAGCUACAGUGAGCGAAACUCAGCGCCAAACUCAGGAGCAAAUGGUAAGGGGGGGGGGCUUCUGGGGGACAGCAUUGGUGGGGAGCCCCUGUCUGGGGGGGGGGGGGCAAGGCUGGCCAGGGGCAGGCUCUGAUUUCAAGUGGCAAGCUUGGGGUGUGCAUGGGAUUCUGGUUUACGAAGGCCCUGGGUGUUGACCAAGGGCUGGUUCUUAAUGUUGUGGCCCCUCUGUGGCCACUGGGGGGGGAGGGAAUAAUAAUAAUAAUAAAAAUGAUAUUUUUUUAUUUAUACCCCACCCUUCCCGGUUUAGAAAACCGGGCUCAGGGCAGCUAACAACAAAUUUAAAACACUUAAUUGUAGAAGCAGCAUAAAAUACAGUAUAAAAACAUGAAUAACAAUAAAGUUCAAAGUUCAGAAAUCAAUUUGGGGAAACUCCAUCUAAUAAGUAUUAGAUAGUCACCAGGGCUAGCUGGCUGAAUUAGUCCUACUUGGGCCAGCGAGGAGGCCGGGGGAGAAUUAGCUGUGGGGUCUCAGAGCUCAAGCACUGUUGUGAAAAAACCCUCUUAAUGCAGCCCACUGGCCCAAAUGCAGCCAGCUUCUCUGUGCCAGCACUGCAGCACACGAUGGGUGACUGUGGGCCUUGGGUGUGGGGGAAGAAACUGCACAUUGCGCUGCUUUUAUAGGCAAUGUGUGGGGUUUGGAACGCCGCUGACCGCUGGCUUUGCAGUAUCCGCAUGCCAGCAGUGUGCAAUGCUGGCAGGAAGGCCGUCCAAAUGCAGAUGGACUGACGCACAGGAUGAAGGGCUUGUGAUUUCUUCACUUUCUUUUAUUUACAUUUUGGCUGAGAACGUAGAAAGCUGCCGCAUAUUGAGCCUGUGAUGUAUAUAUAAAUUAAAAUUUGAUGAUAUGAUACUGCUUUAUUGGUCCUUUGCUGUCUUCUUGUAUGUUUCUAAGAGAUUUUUCAGUAUUAAGUGGUUUAGAAAAAUAAGUAAAUAAACAACAACAAGAAGAAAUAAAGCCACACUGUGCCUGGUGCUACAAGGGCUUUUCUGAGUCAUUCCUCUCAUGUGCAGCGGGGAGGUGUGCACCUUUUAAAUCGUUCCUCUGGAAACCCAGGUCCAAGUUGAAGUUGUUCCUUUUCCUUCUGCCCCCUUCCUUCCGCUAGGCUGACCUGGCUGCUUCCCACAAGCGCCUGAGCUACGAAGUGCAGCGCCUCAGUGCUGAGAACGAAGGGCUGCGUGGGGCCAGUUCCCAGGAUUCCCGCCCAGAGGAAUCUGAUGAGAGCAUGAGCUUGCCUAGCACUGUCCCGGUAAUUCUGACCCACCUCUUCCUUGUAUUGGGCUGCGGACUUGGGAUACUGGUGUGGGAUGGCUGGAAAUGGCAGCAUUGUAUAUAUUAUAUAUGGCGGGUUUCUCCCUCCUCCUGCCUCCCUAGGAGCUGCAGGCCUUGGUGCGCCAGCUGAGGCAAGAGUCUGCCUCUCAGCUCCGGGCUGCUGAGCACCAGGCUGAGCGCCUACGAAUCGAGAUUGUGUCCCUGAGGGAGCGGCUGGACCAGGAGACGGCAUCUCGGUCAGGACUGCAGGGGGCGCUGGAGAGAGAGCAAGAAGAACGAGGUGAGAGGGGGGAGGAGGAGGAAGGUGGGCCAAGAACUAGGUGAGGGAGGGGGUCUCCUGGGAUUAGCAUCUGUUGGCUUUCUAGGAAUCUGAAAUCACUUUGUAGUGUUGUGGAUGCCAUUAAUGAUUCUCUCUUUUUGUCCUCUCUUCCCUUGUGGCUUCUGGCUGGCAGAGCUUUUGCAGGGUGAGUUCUUAGGGUGGGUGGGUGUGUAUCAUAUGUGAGUGUGUGUUUGUGUGCACACAUUUCCACAGCUGAAGGCUUCGACACGGUGGUCACCAACUGACUUUCUUCUCCUUUUCAAUCCCCAGCCUCCCUGAACAGUAUCCGGACUGAGAUGGAGAGGAUGCAGCAAGGUCAGGAAGAGAUUAGCAGAGCCCAGGGAUGUGUGAGUCUUUGUGCUUCUUUUCUCUCUUGCCGCCCAGAGAUAAUUGCCAAUAAACAUUUCACUUCCACAAACCAGACGCGUUACCUCGAAUCCCCCCCCACCCUCUGGAUGGAGGAUAUGGAGGAUAUAGAUUUGAGGGGGAGGGAGGGAGGAUGAUGGUAGAAUAGAAACCGCAAGGUCCUACUUAAGUUAAGGAAGAGGUGAGUAGCAUCCUCCUUGGAGAUCCAUGAGAUCGCUUCUGCACCUCCAAAGGCCGUCCUGUAAGUGUCCGUGGGCGAUAAGGUCCCUUGCCUACUUGUCUACACAGGAGAGAUGCAGUGGGCAAACUCUUUUUGGUGAGCAGCCACACCUGUUCCCUUUGUCAUUUCCUUUCUCUGCUAACACGACACUCUUGUCUCUCCUGAUCUUUCAGUAAUGGCUUUUUCGUACACUGCAAUUAUCGGCUGUUGUCAGGGUUGAGUUUAAUCUACCAUUGGCACUGAGCAGGCAGAAUUCAGCACUCUGAGAAUUUCACCUUUCAAGUUUUGGAAGAAAAAACCCUGUUUAGGCCUUAAGCAUAAUAAAGAAAUGCUAGCAAGGACCUGUGCAGUGUCUGGUGAGAUCUUGGGAGGCCAAGGAAGGAGGACUGAGCCCUGAGCUCCGAUCUUCUAUGGCUCUUUGUCCUUCCUUGCAUUGCCUCAGUCUGAAGGUGGAAAUCCUGUGUUCCUCACUCAACUGGGAGAUGCGCAUGUUUCUAAUUACAGUACAGUCUUACCUUGUAUCCCAAAUGCCAAACGCCUUGGUUCUCGCAUGUUUUGGCUCCUGAACGCCGCAAACCCGGAAGUGAGUGUUCUGGUUUGCCAAUGUUCUUUGGAACCCGAAUGUUCGGCGCAGCUUCCGUGGCUUCCGAUUGGCUGCAGCCAAUCAGAAGCCGCGCUUUGGAAGUUGAACGGACUUCCGGAACAGAUUCCGUUCGACUUCCAAGGUACAACUGUAAUAAGUGUCAAUUAAGCACACACAUUUGGGUUGUGGUAGAAGCAUACAAUACAAAUGUUUGUGAUAGUCAUUUUGGCACCUGCUUUUCUUUCCAGAUGUGUGUGAGGCUGUUUCUGGUGAUGUCAGACUCUGGCAGAGGCUGGGAGAAAGAGAGGAAACCUCUGUGGGCUUAUUCUCUUUUCUUUUUAUUCUGCAGGUGCAAUCUGAUGCUCCCUCUCUGGGAGAAGCCAGUGGCCUUCAAGAUAGGAGGUCAGAGCCUUAG